AUGUACAGUAUAUGUUCAGUUUACUAUAAAGGAUUUAUUACAAAAAAAGAUUACACAUUGAACUUUAUUGGUACCCAGUCCAAGGUUACACCGAGGAGCAGCCUUCCACGCAAUUCACCGCCCAGCUGCCGAAUGAGGUUGAGCCCGGCCCCCGCCGGCACCGAUCCCGCCCCUCAGCCGGCGCCUCAGCCACUAUCCUACGCCCUUCUGCAUCUCUCCACCUCCGACUCGACAGAAUCGCCUUUUCUCCAGGUACAGCUCCAGUCUUCGCCUUGUCUCCCCCCCUCCGCCACCGGCGAGCGGCAAAUCAAUUUCUAUGUGCUACACCAGCACUGGCGCCCUACUCUCCUUGCCACCAAAGAAAAAAGACAUCUACCGCCCUUAUUGCCUGGCGAUGGCCGCUCCAAACGUCGAAAUUUUACCAACUCUCCCAUAGAAUCUAUUCCACAACCAGAGUCUAAGUCGAAGUACACAUGCAGUGAAUGUGGUAAACGUUAUGCGACGUCCUCAAACCUAUCGCGGCACAAACAGACUCAUCGGAGCCUCGACUCAGUAUCGGCAAAGCGUUGUGGGGAAUGUGGCAAAGCAUAUGUCUCAAUGCCAGCACUUGCCAUGCAUGUUCUCACUCACCAACUGCAGCAUGUAUGUGGUGUAUGCGGCAAACUUUUUUCCAGACCAUGGCUUCUUCAAGGACACCUGCGCUCCCAUACCGGAGAGAAGCCUUACGGCUGUGCACAUUGUGGAAAAGCUUUUGCAGACAGAUCGAAUCUACGUGCACAUAUGCAAACACACUCCUCCGAUAAAAAUUUUGAGUGCACGCGGUGCCAUAAGACUUUCGCUCUUAAGAGCUACCUGAACAAGCACCAGGAAUCGGCGUGUGUGCGAGACGAGAAUUCGUUCGAUGAACCGGAUGCACCCAUCUCCGCGUCGGGCUAG